CAAAAGCGCUUGCCACCGUGGCCCUGCCAUCAGUUUAGAGGCAGAACUAGUACCGGACGGACGAUACACGCACGCACACAAUGUCUGGCCGCGGCAAAGGAGGCAAAGCGAAAGUGAAGGCAAAGUCCCGCUCCAGUCGUGCCGGAUUGCAGUUCCCGGUCGGUCGCAUCCACCGUCUGCUCCGGAAGGGCAACUAUUCCGAGCGGGUCGGUGCCGGGGCCCCAGUCUACAUGGCAGCCGUCAUGGAGUACCUGGCUGCGGAGGUGCUCGAGUUGGCGGGAAACGCUGCCCGUGACAACAAGAAAACCAGAAUCAUCCCUCGUCAUCUGCAGUUGGCCAUCCGCAACGACGAAGAGCUGAACAAACUGCUGUCCGGCGUGACCAUCGCCCAGGGCGGUGUCCUGCCGAACAUACAGGCCGUUCUGCUGCCCAAGAAGACCGAGAAGAAGACGACGGCAUAGGCUGGCAGCAUUCCGCUCGCGUCCUCGCGUGGCGACCAAAACAAAACCGUCCUUUUCAGGACGACCACAUCCCAUUCGCCCCGCUGGAGAGUUGUUUCGAGACAUGUUUUGUUCGUUCGUUCGUGUGGGUUGGGUAGUUAGCCCACACAUUGUUCGAUAAAGGAGUUCGUGACAACAUUCUGUCGGAUAGUUUUGCUGAGUAUCGUUUGGCUGCUAAAGCCCAGUUUCGUGAUUAUGGGUGGUAGUACGGCGAUCGAGAGAAAUUUCUUGGCCUAUCUCGAUGCGUGGAAAAUUCAGGCAAGAAAUAAUAAAGCGUCGCUUUAUUCCGGAUCCUGGUACGGAGCUGAAACGAAACGUCAAAUCAAAUGGGGCUUGCUGUGUUAAAUUUCUGCACUGCACGAAUUUUACUUGAGCGAUUCCGAGCCGUUUGAAGUGCAUACC